AUGCCGCCUCGAGGCUUCCACACCGACCGCGUGUGGGGCCCCUUGUUACGUGCGUUCCGUGGCCUGGGUGCCUCCGUGGGCUCCCGCCCGUGGCCUUUCCUCCUGGUGCCUUUGCUGCUUUCGGGCGCCCUGGCAACCGGCUUCGUCUUCCUGCCCCUUCAUAACGAUACCGACCUCGAGAGGCAAUUCACGCCUACGCGGGGCCCGGCCAAGAAGGAGCGGCGCUUCGUGCAGGCGCACUUCCCGACCGACGACGCCCGUCGCUUUUCUGCGCAGAGCCUGAGCACCGACGGCUCCUUCGCGUCCUUCAUCGCCGUGGCGGUCCGCGACGGCGACUCGCUGCUGACGCGGGUGGCUUUCGCCGAGCUGCUGGCGCUGGACCGGGCCGUGCGCGGCAUCCAGGCAGCAGGGCUGUCCUUCGACCGCCUUUGCGCGCGCACCAACGGCUCCUUGAGGUCUGCUGAGGAUAUGACAAAUUCCAAUUUGGAUACUUUAAUUAGGGACACAUGGAGAGACAUCAGAGUCACUUAUUUUACUUCCCUGUCCAAACAGAAAGAAUUUGACAGAAUUGUCCAGAGAGUUAUGCCAUUAAUCUCCAUCACAUAUUUUUUGACAAUGUUAUUUUCAGUUAUAUCAUGUGCAAGGCUAGACUGUGUCCGAACAAAAGUGUGGAUUGCAUCAUCUGGGGUGCUGACAGCAGGUUUAUCUACUGACAGUAGUUUUGGAUUAUUGUUAUUUUGUGGAGUGCCAUUUGUUAUCACAACUGUAAAUUCACCAUUUCUCAUACUAGGAGUUGGUGUUGAUGACAUGUUCAUCUUUGUGUCCCGUUGGCAACAAACCAAAGUGAAGGAUAGUGUCAAGGACAGAAUGGCUGACACCUAUGCAGAGGCAGCUGUUUCAGUUACCAUCACAACUCUGACUGAUGUUUUAGCCUUCUAUAUUGGAAGUAAGGCUUCCUUUGUCUCAGUACAGUCAUUUUGCAUCUACACAGGAACAGCUUUCAUGUUUUGUUACAUAUACAACUUGACUUUCCUUGGAGCUGUCCUUGCUUUAAAUGGAAGAAGAGAAGAAAGCAACAGACAUUGGUUGACAUUCAUGAAAGUGAAGCGUGAACCUACUCGGAGCCUGAUAUAUAAUAUGCGCUGUAUAGGAGGAUUUUUUGAUGAGUCCACUGGAGCUGAAAUUGAUCAUCCCAUGAAUAAUUUCUUUAGAAUGUAUUAUGGUCCAUUUCUUAUGCACAUCUGGACAAAGGUAUUUGUUGUAGUGCUGUAUCUCAUAUACCUGGGUACUAGCAUUUAUGGAUGUACUCAAAUUACAGAAGAACUAAAUCCUCGAAAUGUAGCUAUAGAUGAUUCCUAUGUUGUUCCAUAUUAUGACUGGGAAGAUGAACACUUUUCCAAGUAUGGUCCGAAAGUUAUGGUCAUUGUGACUGAAAGCAUAGCAUAUUGGGACCCCUUGGAACGCAGAGAUUUUGAGGAAUGCAUGAAAGACCUAGAGAGCUUAUCUUUUACGGAUAGGUCUUUGUCAGAGUCAUGGCUGAGAAAGUCAGUCGCUAAACGCCUUUCUCUAAAUAUAGAUGAUCAUAACAAAUUCAUUGCAAAUUUACCCACCUUAUUCUCAAUAAAUCCAGAGUCCCAGUGGAAUGUUAAACUCAAUGAUAAAGAAAUAUUAGUAUCACGUUUUUUCAUUCAGACUGUCAGUAUUAAAAAUGGAGUAGAUAAGAAACGACUUUUAAAUCAACUGAGACAUACUGCUAGGAAUUGUAAAAUACCACUAAAGGUUUAUCAUCCAACUUUUAUAUACUUUGAUCAGUUUCGUUCGGUAGUUUAUUACACUAUUAGAAAGGUUGUGAUUGCCAGUGUAAUAAUGUUCCUUAUUUGCCUGCUGCUGAUUCCUAAACCUGUUCCCUGUUUGUGGGUAACUUUCACUGUUACGUCUGUAACUUCAGGUGUAGCUGGUUUUAUGGCCUACUGGCAAGUGCACCUUGACUCUGUAUCUAUGAUCAUGCUGAUUACUUGCAUAGGAUUUUCAGUAGACUUAUCUGCUCAUAUUUCUUAUUCCUUUGUUCUCAGUAACAAAUGUAAAGUCAAUGACAAGGUAGUGGAUGCUCUGUAUCUUGACGGUUACCCUGCUUUGCAGAGUACCAUUUCUACAAUUGUAGGCAUAACUGUGCUCUCAGUGACCCCCAUUUACUUCUGUAGAAUCUUCUUUAAAAUAAUGUUUCUAGUUAUGUUUUGGGGAGCUGUUCACGGUCUCAUUUUUAUUCCUGUUUUUCUAACAUUCUUUUAUCCUUACAGUGGGAAAGUAGAAGAGAGCAACGAUCAAGCUUUGCCUGCAUGA